AACCGAGCACUUCACUUGAUUAUUCUAGAGAGUGCUACCAGCUGCUCGUAAUCGAAUGCCUCAUUGGUCAUCUCAACUCGGUGCACGCUCCUGCUACUGCUAUGCUCUCCCUAGGUGGCAACUCUGCGCAUGCGCAUUUAAAUUUGAGCGCACUGUAUUUCUACUGCCUUCUGUAUGCAACAUGAACGGCUGACAGUCAACAUGUGCCAUAAAUAUAAGUACUAACGGUAAUAUUCUGGCUGCACGUACUCUCCAUUGGCCGCUGCCACAUUCAGUACGGCACCAAGCUCGAACGGAAGUGGAACAAACGAAGCGGAAACACACACGACAAACGAAUAUGAAAAAAGUUUCUUUUCAACAAAACAAAUAGUAGCGCAGCAUUUGCUGGUCAAUGCUUAUGACUAAUUGCAAUUGUAACGUGGUCGGUGAUUGAAGCGAGCUGUUGCGCAGAUGUUUAUUAAUAUACAUAGACAUCUAUUAUUAUUUAUAAAACGCGAUAUAAUUUGUGUAGUUUUUUUUGUCGGUAUCUGUUGUCGGGUUUUUUUCCUUUUGGCUACCUAGCAAAAUGAUUGAGUGUAGAAAUCAAUAGACAAAGAAACCAUGAACAGCAUGAGCCGCCAGAGCAUUGCGUCGGCGGCGACAACAGCUGCAGCCGUCUCCAUGUCUGUUUCCAAUGCCACCUCGGUGGGCUCACUGAUAGCAGCCACCGCUAACAGCCAACAGCCAACGGCUUCCCACUACGUGAAUGGAACGGGCAGCUUGGGUCGUCUAAAGUACCAUCACAAGAGUCUCGAUGCCAGCGACGAGGAGUUUGAGUAUGCGCAGCUCUCUCGCUCUACUCACAUCUUGGGGCGCUACAAAUCGGAGCGUUUGCUGCCUGGCUCCAAGCCGGACGAGGACCGCAGACGUCGCACGAUCAUUGUGGAGAAGAGAAACGAUUCGUAUGGCUUCACACUGCAAAGCUAUGGCAUACACUACAAAUGCGACGAGGAGCUGGAGAUGAUUACGUAUGUGGACUAUGUGGAAUACGGUGGACCGGCUUACCGAGCUGGGAUGCGUGAAGGCGACGUUAUACUCUCCAUCAAUGGCAACGAUAUGGAGAAGGCGGAUCAUAAGACCAUUGUGGAGUUUAUCAAGAAAUGCGAUAUGCGCAUGCGAAUGGUUGUGCUCUUCGAGGAUUGUGUGAGAAAGGUUGAUCUGCACAUGCGCUAUAUACAGCUGCAGAGUCUGCUGCAGCAGAAGAUGAAUGAGCUGGAGCGAGUGCAUCUGCGUGAGCGGGAGCUGCUGGAGGGCAAGUGGAAGACGCACAGCUUGCCGGCGAGAAAGAAAGCAAAUACCAAUACCUCGCCGAGCGACGGAGAAGGCGUCUCUCCAACAGAGGCGAGUGCGAAUGAGCCGGGCUUCUAUAGACCCGCUUUGUCCACAGAGGAUGUGGCUAAUAUAGCACUGAGACAGCAGCCAGUUAUAAUUCCUCCACCCGCGCAGUUUAUGCUCACGUAUCACUAUUUGGAUCCUAGCUAUCGGUAUCGCUAUGUGCUGCCAGGAGGAGCAGCAGCGGCUGGAGGGGAUCAGCACUAUGUGCUGCAGAGAACCGAGUCACUGGACACCAAUAGCUGCAGCCAGGUAACAGCUAACAGUCAGUACCAUAGUGCGAGUGCAGGAGGUGGAGGAGGAGGAGGAGGAGCAAGUGGAGCAGCUAGCACAGUGAAGCCACCUGCGCCACCGCCGCGUACCUGCGAGAAGCACAAGCCACCAGCCAAGGAGAAGACCAAACAUUGCCAUGGCAAUGGACACUCGUGCAAUCCCUGCCUGGGCCACUUUCGCUGGAAGUCUGCGGAGAAGUCACACAGCAACGGCGAUAAUGUGAGCCUGGAUGCCUACGAUUUGGCCAGUCCCUGCUGCGAGACACAGUGCGUGCCUUCACGACGUCGCCAUCGCCAGCACAAGGAGCACAAGCACAAACAUCGAGAGAGGGAGAGGGAGAAGGAAAAGGAGAGAUUGGAGUCUAAAGAGAAGCAGGCAACCAAGACACAUGCCUCGCCUGGCGCCAAUGUAACCAAGCCAGCUGCGACCGUGGAUCGACAGUCCAAUCAUCAUCAUCAUCACCACCAUCAUCAUCAUCAUCGACAUGCACAAGAGCAGCAGCAGCAGCAGCAACAGCCACAGGAGCAGCAGCAACCACAUCAUCAUUAUCAUCAUCAGGCGCCUUCCCAAGCGAGCAGCGUUCGCUCCCGCUACUUUGACUUAGCCUCUGGUUUGGCUAGCCAUUGUAGCCUGCAUUCCUGCACCUCUAGUGAAUUUGCGCCCGCUGACUCGGCGUCAUAUACCACCUCCAUUAGCACGGAUACGUUGUUCUGGGAGCCCAAGAGCGAGGCGGCACAGUCCUCCAGGCAACACUCGACCAAGUCCAGGCAAUCCUAUGAGCAGCAUUCCCAGCAGCAGCAGCAGCAGCAACAGCAACAACAUCAGCAGCAACAGCAGCAACAACAACAUGGCCAUCAUCAUCAUCAUCCGCAUUACCAUAUGACAGCUACUCAAGUGCAGCCCUCACAGAUCUAUCCAAACACCAUUGCUUACGUGCAGAAGCCCAAAUCCUGGGAUAAUCUAGCCACCAAAACGCUUGUGGGCCAGAGCUUUAACUACGGCUAUCUGGAUACAGUUGCCAUUAAGCCGGCGGUCAAGCUGCAAAUAGCACAACAACGGCAUUCCAUGCCUAGGCGCAAUCCUUAUGGCCGCUAUUCCACCUAUGGCGAUGUGGAGAACUAUGCGCCGCCUCCUACCGAAUUUGUGGGUGAGCUGACGACCACAACAACCACCACCAUAACGGCCAAGUCCACAGAGGAGCUCCUGGCAGCCUGCGAUUGCCUAACGCCACAGCAACAGCAGGCGCUGAAGGCGGCGCAAUAUCAGCUAAGUCAGACACAAAAGCUAUCUCAUCAAAACUCCUGUCAGUUGGGCUACUACUCGCACCUGCCCAGGCCAACGAAGGAUGUGGCCAGCUCCACAGGACAACAGCAGCCAACGGACAACGGCUGCGACGUUGCCACCGUGUCGGAAGCAACGCGUUUGUAGGCAACGUCCAUCAACAGCUCGUGCAACUAAACAAAAACCGUCUUUCAAGCAGACCCCUAAGAAAGUGCACUCUAAAGAUCCAAACCAGCGAUUUAAUCAUCAUUAACCAAACACAUUCCAAAGUAUUAGCGGUAGGGCUGCUCUGAGUGUAUUUGCAUUAGGGGUCUCUACACGAACAUUUGUACAUCGAAACAGAAAUUGAAUGAAACAUCAUGCAGCCAAAUUUUAAUAAUUUUACAUUUAAAGAAAGAAAUGCAAAACAUGCAUAUACCUUAGGAGGCCUCAUCGAGCCAACGUCUAGUUCAGCUAACCAUAAACCGUCUUUCAUACAGCCAUCCAGACUAAAUGCACAUCAGCUGAAAUGUUACAUUCCUCAACAAUCUGGAAGCAUUGAGUGCAUUUAUAUUUGGGGGCCGGUGCAUAACAAUUUGUACAUCGAAUUCAAGUAGCAAAUGAUUGAGAAACAUCAUGCAGCCAAAUUUUAAACUAUUCAAAUUUUAAUACAGUCGCAAAAACAUAUACGAACAAUGUAAACAUACAUAUGAUAUGAUGUUAUAUGUAGCAUUGCAGUUUCUAAUUGAUUUUGGAUUUAUUUAAAGACUGAAAGCUAUGCGUAGUAUAUUUUAAAAGAAAAAGUGCUUAAAUUUAUAUAGUCAAAAGGUUACAAUACAUACAUAUUAUGGAAUACAUAUAUUAAUUUUAUGCAUGUAGCUAUUGGUUUUAAACAUACUGUAGAUACAACUUAAAUAUAUAUAUAUUAUAAUAUAUGUAUAUCUUAAAUUUAUUAAUAGUUAUUUAACAUAAUGGAAAAGCUGAACAAUGUAGUUUGAAUCAUUGUGAUAGUGCAAAAAGGCAGAUACUGAUAAAAAGAAUAUAAUGAUUUUAGUGAACUAUAUAUAGAAGUAUGGUUGAUAAAACGGCGCUUUUGAUGUAAUGCAAUUUGUAAAUGUUAUGGUACUUUAUUUAUAUAUUUAAUAUAAUAAAAAUCAUUGUGUGUUCAUGUAGUAUAACUCAAACGUAACAUUUAUGAUAUUUAUUAAUCGAAAAUAAUCUGAUUUCGAAUACUUAGCCGUUAAUUGUCUGAUCGCUUCAUUUCCCUAGUUGGUGUGGAGUUUUAAACUAUCUGGCAACUCCGUGCAGCGAUUUGGUUUUCGAAUACUUAACCGUUACUCAACACGCGGUCAGCUGUUUUGGCAGUGCUUCAACCCUCAAUUUGACUGUCAAAAUACACGCCAUCUGGCGGCUUGCGUGUGCACCAGCAAGUGUCAGUUUUUGGGCAAAAAAAUCAAUACCAACCCCAACCCCAAACCCGCUCGUUAAAAAUGUAAAUGCGAAAAAUUCAAUACUGUGCAGCCAUACACGACGGUCGCAACGCGUUGCCACAAAAAAUUGAAGAAGAAAAGUUGAAACAGAACUCGUGUUCGCAAAAUUAAAUUUCGAAAUUCGCACACAAUUAGCAGUUGCAGUCCACGCAGCGCCAAAAAGAGAAAGAGAAACAUAGUAAAGUAGCAAAAGCAGCGAAAAGUGCGUGAAACGCGACCGGCAAAAAGGAUACAAAAGGCCACAAAGCGUACAGUGAAAGUGAUAUAGAAGCAGCCCAUUAGAGCAGUUCAUAAAGUUGUUAAUCAAAAAGAAAAUAAGCAAAACACAAACACACACACACACACACACACA